CACGCCUAUGUUCUGGCUGGGCCCGGUCGAAAGAAGCUUCAGUAUGUUGAGGAACGGUUAGGGUAUUUUUAGCAGCCGAUAGUGCGAAAGAACGUGCCAUACCACUUGUAUAUCUAGCAUUCACUUUAUAUUUUAAUUUUCUAGCCCUUUGAUUGCAUUUUAUUAGCUAAGCAAUACGGGGCAUCGAGCUAGUCAGACAACCAACCAAUGUUUGAUAUUAGCCUUGCCUAUGCUAGCUAGCUCAGCCAAAGUCAAAGAAAGAGUCCAACAUUGCCCAUGUCAUGGCAUGCUCACGGCGUGAGCGGACUGUGUGAUUCAGAAUGGGGGAAAAGCCGAUUUGGGAACAGAUAGGAUCCAGUUUUGUGCAACAUUACUACCAGCUCUUUGACACGGACAGGACCCAGCUUGGAGCAAUAUAUAUCGAUGCAUCAUGCCUUACAUGGGAGGGACAGCAAUUCCAGGGAAAAGCAGCGAUUGUCGAGAAACUUUCUACUCUCCCCUUCUUAAAAAUAGCUCACAGUAUAACAGCACAAGACCACCAGCCCACACCUGACAGCUGUAUAAUGAGUAUGGUAGUAGGACAAUUAAAAGCUGAUGAGGACCCCAUCAUGGGAUUUCAUCAGAGUUUCAUCCUGAAGAACAUUAAUGAUGCCUGGGUAUGCACCAAUGAUAUGUUCCGGCUCGCGCUGCACAAUUUCGGCUAAGGACACCAGAAGUGGGCAGAGUGGAUAUAAGGGAAGGCUGAGGAUGGGGGAGGUCUUGCAGAGACACCUAAACGCCCAACCUCCUCUCUGUAUCAUCCAUACCUGUUUGAGAAAUUACACCGGAUUCCAGAUGUCAAUCACAGAGACAUGCAGGCACAUAGGCUACAUGCCUUCAACUGAAAUGAGAUCUGUUCCUUUGCUGAGAGUUCACAGAUCCAUCAAGAGUCCCUUUCCCUACGCUGACCUGCAUGAUGCUGGGGAGCUUAAAUAUCUGAAGAUGGCAGACAAGGAAAAAAAUGUACCAAUUUACCUUCACCAUUUUAGUUUUAUGUUCGGACUCAAUGUCUUAUAUCCUCAUGUUUUCUCAUCGUACUCCCCUCCCUGUGUGUUAUCAGCUUGCCUUAUUGUAUACAACUAAAUCUCUUUUUAAAAGUUUAAUUUAACAUUCAUUGUUAUGUCAGGUUGCUCUAGCAAUCCAAAUAAUCAUAGAAAAUAUUAUCAAUAACAUCCUUAGACCAGCAAGCUUCCCAUUUCCUCCUCAUGCUCUCUGACAAUGAAUACAAAAGCCAUGAUACACAAUAAACCGUUUACUUUUUCUUAAUGUGAGCUCAUUGUUCCUCUGCCUUUCUUACCCAUUUCUCUCCCUCCACUUACCUUGUCACUCUUAUUUUAAUUGUGUUAGCAUUAUAUUGUAAACAAUUUAGGUUCUGGUCAGUAGUUCUAUAGCACAUUGUUGUAUAUGAUCUGCUAUAGCAUGUCUUUUCUUGAGCAAGAUGCAGCCAAUAUAUUGUUAUAUAUAUGGACAUAGGGUUCCCUCAAUUUUUUUCCCCAAAAUAAUUUCCUUUGGCCGAUACUGCAGAAAUAGAACCCCAUAAUGAGUUGAAGCAUGCUCUUGGAAAUUGGGAUCACUUUGAUGGCACAAUGUACUGUAGCAUUGACCUGACAUUUUUGGAGAGGCUUUGCAAGUGUUCUUUUGCAAGACGAGGAACAAGCAUAUGUCAAACUGCCUUAUUUAUUUCCUUUUUUUUUUAUUCUUUUUUUUACAAUGAUUACAUAUCUCUUUUCCACAUGGAACAGAAUGUACGGACUGCACAUUUUAAUUCCAUACAAUGUUUUGGAAAAUAAAGAAACAGUUCUUGCCUGUUGUGUGACAAGGAAAUCCCCAAGACUUCCUGCAGGAAAAGUAAAGUGGUGGUGGGGGCCACUUCUCUCAUGAUCAUAUUUUUACAGUAAAAUUUGUCUAGUAAUCAAGUUUAUUUUUUUUCUAUUUAGAUUUGAUUUACAGUUUAUAAUUAUAUAUUGUUACCAAUUGUUUGCUGUCAAUCAACGACUGGCAUAACUAAUGCUUUUCCUCCCUCAGCCAGUGCAUUGGCUACUGUUUUUGUUUUCCCUGAUGGUACACUGGUUCAAUUAAGAAGAUCAAAGUCAUCUCUUCAAGGUCUGCUAUCAUUCACAGAUGUACAAGGUAUUCUAUUCUUCUGGCAGACAGAAAUAAAAUACGUAUGAAAAGUA